AUGACUGAGCUGAAGGCAAAGGAACCCGGGGCUCCCCACGUGGCGGGUGGCGCGCCCUCCCCCACCGCAGUCGGCUCCCCGCUCCUGGGUCGCCCGGACCCUGGCCCCUUCCAGGACAGCCACACUAAGGACGCCUCGCCUGCAGUCUCUGCCAUCCCCAUCUCCCUGGACGGGCUGCUGUUCCCUCGGUCCUGUCAGGGGCAGAACUGCCCAGACGGGAAGACGAGGGACCGGCCGUCGCUGUCAGAAGUGGAGGGUGCCUAUCCUGCCGUCGAAACCACGGAGGCCGCAGGACACAGCAGCUCCAGACCCCCAGAAAAGGACAGCGGCUUGUUGGACAGUGUUCUAGAUACGCUCCUGGCGCCCUCGGGUCCCGGGCAGAGCCAAGACAGCCCUAUCACCUGCAGCGAGACCAUCAGCCCGUGGUGCCUGUUUGGCCCGGAUCUUCCCGUGGAGCCCCGGGCUGCCCCUACUACUAAAGGAGUGUUGGGCCCGCUCAUGAGCCGACCUGAAGGCAAGGCUGGUGACAGCCCGGGGACCGCUGGGGCAGCACCUCACAAUGUGCUGCCCAGGGGCCUGUCACCAUCCAGGCAACUGCAGCUGCCCACCUCAGCCAGCCCUCACUGGCCCGCAGCUGCGGUGAAGCCGUCCCCGCAGCCCACUGUGGUGGAGGUAGAGGAGGAGGGCAGCUCCGAGUCCGAGGGCGCCCCGGGUGCGCUCCUGAAGGGCAAACCUCGGGCCCAGGGAGGCCCAUCUGCUGGGGCAGGAGCUGCAGCCAUCGCGCCCGGAGCGGCGGGAGGAGGGCUCCCCCAGGUCCCCAGGGAAGAUGCUCGCUUCUCGGCGUCCAGGGUCGCUUUGGGUGAGCAGGAUCCUCCGGGCGCGCCCGGGCGCUCCCCGCUGGCCACCACCACGGUGGUGGACUUCAUCCACGUACCCAUCCUGCCUCUCAACCAUCCUUUCCUGGCCACCCGCACCCGGCAGCUGCUGGAAGGGGAGAGCUACGACGGCGCGGCCAUAGCCACCAGCCCCUUUCCCCUGCCGCGGGGCUCGCCCUCCGCCUCGUCCACCCCGGUGGCGGCCGGAGACUUCCCCGAGUGCACGUACUCUCCCGACGCCGAACCCAAGGACGACGCGUUCCCCCUGUACGGCGACUUCCAGCCGCUAGCCCUGAAGAUCAAGGAGGAGGAGGAAGGCGCCGAGGCCGCUGCGCGCUCCCCGCGUCCGUACCUGGUGGCUGGCGCCAACCCUGCCGCCUUCCCGGAUUUCCCGCUGGCACCGCCGCCCCCGCCCCCCUUGCCACCCCGAGUGCCCUCCUGCAGACCCGGGGAAGCGGUGGCGGCGGCAACGGCCUCCUCAGCCAGUCCCUCCGUCUCCUCCUCCUCCUCGUCCUCCUCAGGGUCGAGUCUGGAGUGCAUCCUGUACAAAGCAGAGGGCGCGCUGUCCCAGCAGGGCCCGUUCGCGCCCUUACCCUGCAAGCCUCCCGGCGCCGGCGCCUGCCUGCUCCCGCGAGAGGGCCUCUCCUCCACCUCCACCUCCGCCUCGGGCGCCACCGCCGGGGCCACCCCUGGGCUCUACCCGACGCUGGGCCUCAACGGGCUCCCGCAGCUCGGCUACCAGGCCGCGGUGCUCAAGGAGGGUCUGCCGCAGGUCUACCCGCCCUAUCUCAACUACCUGAGGGCGGAUUCGGAAGCCAGCCAGAGUCCACAGUACGGCUUCGAGUCACUACCUCAGAAGAUCUGUCUGAUCUGUGGGGAUGAGGCAUCCGGCUGUCACUACGGUGUCCUCACCUGUGGGAGCUGUAAGGUCUUCUUUAAAAGGGCGAUGGAAGGGCAGCAUAAUUAUUUAUGUGCUGGAAGAAAUGACUGCAUUGUUGAUAAAAUACGCAGAAAAAACUGUCCAGCAUGUCGCCUUCGAAAGUGCUGUCAAGCUGGCAUGGUUCUUGGAGGUCGAAAAUUUAAGAAGUUCAAUAAAGUCCGAGUUGUGAGAGCCCUGGAUGCGGUGGCUCUCCCACAGUCAGUGGGCAUUCCAAAUGAAAGCCAAAGAAUCACUUUUUCACCAGUUCAAGAGAUACAGUUAGUUCCCCCCUUGAUCAACCUAUUGAUGAGCAUUGAACCAGAUGUGGUCUACGCAGGACAUGACAACUCAAAACCUGAUACCUCCAGUUCUUUGCUGACCAGUCUUAAUCAACUAGGAGAACGGCAACUUCUUUCAGUAGUAAAAUGGUCCAAAUCACUGCCAGGUUUUCGAAACUUACAUAUUGAUGACCAGAUAACUCUCAUCCAAUAUUCUUGGAUGAGUUUAAUGGUGUUUGGCCUGGGAUGGAGGUCCUACAAACAUGUCAGUGGACAGAUGCUGUAUUUUGCACCUGAUCUAAUACUGAAUGAGCAACGGAUGAAGGAAUCAUCAUUCUAUUCACUAUGCCUUACCAUGUGGCAGAUCCCACAAGAGUUUGUCAAGCUUCAAGUUAGCCAAGAAGAGUUCCUCUGCAUGAAAGUAUUGCUACUUCUUAAUACGAUUCCUUUGGAAGGACUAAGAAGUCAAAAUCAGUUUGAAGAGAUGCGAUCUAGCUACAUCAGAGAGCUCAUCAAGGCCAUUGGUUUGAGGCAAAAAGGAGUCGUUUCCAGCUCACAGCGUUUCUAUCAACUCACAAAAUUUCUUGAUAACUUGCAUGAUCUUGUCAAGCAACUCCAUCUGUACUGCUUGAAUACAUUUAUCCAGUCCCGGGCUCUGAGUGUAGAAUUUCCAGAAAUGAUGUCUGAAGUUAUUGCUGCACAGUUACCAAAGAUAUUGGCAGGGAUGGUGAAGCCUCUUCUCUUUCAUAAAAAGUGAAUGUUGAUUAUUUUCCAUAAAAGUAAAUUUUGUGGUAUGUGUUUUGUUUGGGUGAGAAUUAUGAAGUCUUGAGAUUUUAUAAUAUUUUUCUGAAAGCCUUACAUUUAUAACAUAUCAUGCUGUAUAAAUUUAAGGGGAAAAUUGUUUUCCUCUAUGAAGUCUAAUUAGCAUUUUUAAAGUGUUUUUGAGUCGCCAAGUUUGCUUUAAGAGUUUGAAGAGUUUAUAAGACUGAUAAAGAACUAAAACUGAGUAUUGAAGUAAGCUAAAUUUUAUCUGUAUCACUUCAUAUCAUUAAGUGAGAAUUUUUAACUUUUACGUAUAAUAAAACUUAUACUUUAAAGAAAAAAAUCUUAACAUGUAAUAGCAAAAAGCUAAUGUCAUUUGUUACUUCUAAAUAACUCACUUUGUCUACUCGAUUGUAUUGCCAGAAGUGAACCUUUAAAAUGAUAUGCAAAAUUUUGUCUGCCAAAGUGUUGGUGAGAAAGAAAACAAUAACUUGUUUUGCAAGUUUUUUAUGCCAAAAAUAUAAAGACAAAGAGUUUUUUAAAAACACUAAACAAAUCAAUCUUUGUCAAACUAGACAAAACAGUUCAUUUGUUAAAGGGAUUUCUUAUAUUGGAAAGCCAAAUCUAUAAAAAAGUUACUAAUGAGUAAUGUUUUACUGUUGUACCAGCAGUAUUUUAGGUUUUGUAGGGGUGUCUUUACUAACUUCUUUUAGGGAGGGAAUUGUCCUCUAAUGAGAUAUUGUGACCAGAAAAUAUAUCUGUGGCCCGACUCCUCUCUACCACCCAUGGCAUGUGGAAGUUUUCAAUUUCUUCACACUUAAAUGUGGCAAAAUAGUAUCUGUAAUUCCAGUUGCUUCUUCGACUACAGCUUCUUAUGA